AUGACAGCAACUGCAUGUUGUUCAUCAAAUUCAAUUAUCUAUCAAAUGCCAGUCAUUGCAACAAGAUCACAAUUUACUCCAAUUUUACCUCGAGCAUCGAUAGCAUCAUCAAUUUUAUCAACGCCGGAUAUCUGUAAACCACCAAUCAAAUUUAAAAGUGAUAUAAAUAAUAAUAAUAAUAAUAAUAACGAUAAUAAUAAUAAUAAAACUCAAGAAAAUAUUGAGGAGAUAUUUCACGUGACAAGUGAUGAUGAAGAAGAAAUUCUCGCAUAUGUUGGUCUUCGACGUAAGACUAAAAAAUCUUCUGUGUCUUUACCAAUAUUACGACCAUUGGCAAAACGAUUAACUGCUCCACUUUGUUUACUUCCAUUAGCUAAGAAUGGUGAUCGUGUUCGACAAUCUUUAUAUAUUCUAUUACCAUUCUUAAAAUUCUUAUCAAUUACAAAUGAUAUUGAACUAUUUUGUUCAUCAGAUGGAAAAGCCACAGCUGAUAGUCUGCUACUACGUUCAUUAACUCAAACACGUAUGUCAAAAUCAAUACAUAAAAAGAAACACAAACGAAAAGUAUCGAAAUCAGGUAAUGACGAAAAUCUCAUAAGACAUUUUGAUUAA